GUUUACACCGUUAGAAAAAUCGAAGCAGUUGAACUCUAACUCUACUCUAUUCUGGGAAGUCAAACUCUGAGAGCGUAGCACUAGCACUGCACAGAGUGCGAGAGAAAUGGAGACGAAGAGCAGCAGCAGCAGCAAUUCAGUGACGAUAAUCCACAAUGCCAUGAUCGUCACCAUGGACCCCGAGAGUCGAGUCUUUAAGAACGGAGGGAUUGUUAUCGAACAAGAUAAAAUCAAAGCCAUAGGUCAAUCCUCCGAUAUUCUUUCUCAAUUCUCCUCUGUCGCGCACCAUCUCCAAAUCAUAGACCUUCACAGUCAUAUCUUACUUCCUGGAUUUAUAAACACGCACGUGCACACAUCGCAACAGCUAGCGAGAGGGAUAGCUGAUGAUGUUGAUCUGAUGACAUGGUUGCAUCAUCGUAUUUGGCCUUAUGAAUCUAAUAUGACUGAGGAUGAUUCUUAUCUUUCUACUUUACUUUGUGGAAUUGAACUCAUUCACUCUGGUGUUACUUGCUUUGCUGAAGCUGGGGGCCAGUAUGUGUCUGGAAUGGCUCGUGCUGUUGAAAAAUUGGGCUUGCGCGCCUGCUUAACUGAGUCAAUUAUGGAUACUGGCGAGGGUUUGCCUACAUCUUGGGCUAUGCGAACUACGGAUGACUGUAUUCAGUCUCAAAUGGAGCUUUAUGAGAAGCAUCAUAAUACUGCAGAUGGACGCAUUAGAGUAUGGUUUGGAAUUAGGCAAAUUAUGAAUUCAACUGAUCGCCUACUUCUUGAAACUAGAAAUACAGCUCAGGAACUGAAAACUGGAAUUCACAUGCAUGUUGCAGAGAUACCUUAUGAGAAUCAAUUCGUGAAGGGUAAUCGGAAAGUUGAACACGGGACUGUUACGCACUUGGAGAAGAUAAACUUUCUUCAAAACAACUUACUUUCAGCUCAUACAGUUUGGGUUGACGACACUGAGAUAGGUUUUCUUUCAAGAGCUGGUGUCAAAGUAUCUCACUGUCCUGCUGCUGCAAUGAGAAUGCUUGGUUUUGCACCUAUUAGGGAGAUGCUUGAUUCUGGCAUUUGUGUUUCCUUGGGAACAGAUGGGGCACCAUCAAAUAAUAGAAUGAGCAUCGUUGAUGAGAUGUAUCUAGCUUCUUUGAUCAACAAAGGACGGGAAGUUUAUGCGAAGGGAACAACUGAUCCAACAGCUCUCCCAGCUGAAACAAUUCUCAGAAUGGGGACCAUAAAUGGUGCAAAAACAGUGCUCUGGGAUAAUGAAAUAGGAUCCCUUGAAAUUGGGAAAAAGGCUGACAUCACUGUGGUCCAUCCCAACUCAUGGUCCAUGGUUCCUGUUCAUGACUGCAUUUCAAGCCUUGUGUACAGUAUGAGGACUGAGAAUGUUGUCUCCGUAAUGUGCAAUGGCAAAUGGAUUAUGAAGGACAAGAAGAUUGUGAAUGUGGAUGAGGGAGAGGUUUUGUUAGCGGCAAAGGAAGCUUCUAGCAAGAUUUUGAAGAGGGCUGGUAUCAGCAUACCCAACAGAAUGAAUGUCCUCUGAUUUGUUUCCUCUGAAGGUUCUCCAUGCUUGCAGUUGUUCCUGGAAAGGAUGUUGCAUUCUGAUGGCGACACGGAAUGAAUGUUCUCUGCACAGCCAUCAACUUAGAUGUGGACAAGAAACUAAAACUUCCCUACAAGUCAUGUUUCUUCUGUCUUUCAAUUGGGAAACAAUGCUUGUAAUCUUGGUGAAACGCUUGCAGAACGAGUUCAGAAAAUUGAUAAUAAGUGAAAGAGCCUUGGACACGAAAA